GGCGGGAGUCGAUUGGCCUCGGCGCGCCGACGUCACGCGGCAUCGCCGCCGCCGCCCCCGCCGCUGUCUCCGGUCAUGGUGCUGGGCCGCGGGCUGCUGGGCCUCGGGAGCCUGGCCGCGCGGGGCAGCGCCUUCGCCCGGCGCGUCGCGGGUCCAGCCCUACUGGGAUUCGCCUUCCAUCACACAGAGCUGAGGAAGAGUGGCACCGUGACCCAGGGCAGCAUGAAGGUGGAGAUGCUGCCCGCCCUGACCGACAACUACAUGUACCUGAUCAUCGACGAGGACACCAGGGAGGCCGCUGUCGUGGACCCGGUGCAGCCGCAGAAGGUGAUAGAAACAGCGAGAAAGCAGGGCGUGAAGUUGACCACAGUGCUCACCACCCACCACCACUGGGACCACGCGGGUGGCAAUGACAAGUUGGUGAAGCUGGCGCCUGGGCUGAAGGUGUACGGGGGGGACGAGCGUGUUGGAGCCCUGACCCACAGGGCCACACACCUCUCCACGCUGCAGGUGGGGUCUCUCCACGUUAAGUGCUUAGCGACGCCCUGUCACACAUCGGGACACAUCUGCUACUUUGUGAGCAAGCCCGGCACGUCCGAGCCCCCCGCCGUGUUCACAGGUGACACCUUGUUCGUGGCUGGCUGCGGAAAGUUCUUUGAGGGGACGGCGGAUGAGAUGUGCAAGGCCCUGCUUGAGGUCCUUGGCCGACUCCCUCCGGACACAAGGGUGUACUGCGGCCACGAAUACACUGUCAGCAACCUCAAGUUCGCGCGCCACGUGGAGCCCCAGAACACCGCCGUGCGAGAGAAGCUGGCCUGGGCCAAGGCGUCCACUUAGGAGGAGACAGGGUCCUGUCCGCUCACUGCAGAGGGACACAAGUGCUUUCCAGGGUCCCCCAUCUCAGCGCUGGUCCGAGGCUGCCCCCUGCACCCCGCCUGCUGCGCUGCCCUCCCGUGUGCCCGGGCAAGUGUGCUUUCUGGUCAUGGCUUCCGUGACGGGUUGGGUCUCCCUGUGCUCUGCCCCUGGGCAGCAGGCCCGGCAGUGUCCCCCUGCUGUGUCUUCUGUCUCUCAAAGAUGGGUGCUGUGUGUGCACGAGGCCCCGCCUCAGUCCCUCGUGCCACUGGGUCCCCAGCACUCCCGGGGAGCCCCCACAAACCCCUUACAUCUGAGAGAGAAACAGGAUUGCCUUCUGCCACCUAAGAAUCCCCUUCUGGGGUCGGAAAUAAGACAGGAGGCUGCCUGCGUCCCCCAGGCCGGCUCUGGGUGGGUCCUGCCCCUCAGCCCACAGUCCUGAUGUCUGUGCCUCUGGACAUGGUUUCGGUUCUCUUCUCUCUUGGUCUCUUCUCCUUACUAGCCAAGCUCUUGAGCAUUAACCAGAGUGCUAAGAAAGGGCGGGCGUAUCUGCUUCCCAGCUGUCAAGUGGUGGCGAGCUUCUCUUUCCCGGAAGCCU